GACUGCGAUCCCGUGAGAGUGUGCGAGUGUGUUUGGUUUCGGAAGGGAGUGGAAAGCCCUCCGCGACACAGUGUCACUCAUAUAAUGUGCCACAGGGAGGGGACAGGGGAGAGAGAGAGCGAGGGUUCGUAUCGGUUGUGGCUACAGAACACUGGGAAAAAGGCAAUGCACGCGCGCACCGUCGCCUAGGCUACCGUCGGUGCCGUUAUCUAGCCUUCUGAAUGAAGGAUUGAAGCUGAAGAUUCCCAAAGGUUUUCCUCCCGGAGAAAACAGAAACAAUAUUUGUUUGUUUUUUCUCUCUCUCUCUGUCUCUCUCUCUUUCUCGCUCCUCCAUCCUUCUUUCAGGUCUCUGAGGAUGUGUCAGAACUGAGCUGUCUGUCAUUGAGAAGAAGCUGAUAUAUGAAAAUCAGAGCUGGUGUCAGAAGUUGACAAGCCAGAGGACACGGAUAUUGAAAGACACAACGCUAAGACCAAUGUGAUGUCUGCCUAAAGUAACCUUACACAACGAAGCGGAUCGUAAAGACCGAGACCGGAAUCCUCAUCGCCACGAGACCUGCGGUGACCAGCGGAUCACAGGUGCAAGCACUCGUACACCGGAGAGAAACGAGACGUCGCUGGAGGAAUACGGUUUCAAGUGUGUUCUAAAACACAGAAGGAUCAUGUCACGCCUACAUCUCCACCUCUCCUCCCUCCGUUCCUCCUCUCUCUCCUCUGUCCUUCUCCUAGUCUUCCUCUCCUCCAUGCUCCUCCUGUCCCUCCCCAGCCCGGCCGUGGCCGGUUCCACUCCUCUAUCAGAGGGGGGUAACGUAAAGGCUAACUGCACGGCUACAGGAGACCCCUGUCAGGAGGGGGUGGUACUGCCCGUCUGGAACCCACAGAACCCCUCUGUAGGAGACAAGGUAGCGCGGGCCAUUGUCUACUUUGUAGCGAUGAUCUAUAUGUUCCUGGGGAUGUCCAUCAUAGCUGAUAGAUUCAUGUCUUCUAUAGAGGUGAUAACCUCUCAGGAGAAGGAGAUCACCAUAAAGAAGUGGAACGGGGAGACAACCACAGCUACAGUGAGGAUCUGGAAUGAGACCGUGUCUAACCUCACUCUCAUGGCUCUGGGGUCAUCUGCUCCUGAGAUACUGCUCUCUGUUAUAGAGGUGUGUGGCCACGGCUUCGAGGCUGGUUCUCUGGGUCCCUCCACCAUUGUGGGCAGUGCUGCUUUUAACAUGUUCAUCAUCAUCGCCCUGUGUGUCUAUGUGGUUCCUGACGGAGAGACCAGGAAGAUUAAACAUCUCCGUGUGUUUUUCGUGACCGCGGCGUGGAGUGUGUUUGCAUACAUCUGGCUGUAUCUUAUCCUGUGUGUGUUCUCUCCUGGAGAGGUGGAAGUCUGGGAGGCCGUGGUCACCUUUCUGUUCUUCCCCCUCUGCGUGGUCCAGGCCUGGGUGGCCGAUCGACGAUUGCUCUUCUACAAGUACGUCCGCAAGCGUUACCGUGCCGACAAGCACAGAGGCAUCAUCGUUGAGACGGAGGAGGAGGAGGAGGGAUGUUGGGGGCCGGGUGGGUUCACUAAGAUGGACAUGAUGGAGCUGGACGGACAGGUGGUGGAGGGAUGGAGGGAUGGAGGGAUGCUGGAGGACGGAGGACAAGAAGGGAGGAGGGAUCUGGAGGACGUGGCCAGGAGAGACAUGGCGAGGACCCUGAAGGAGCUGAAAGCCAGACACCCUGAUAGAGACACAGAGCAGCUUAUAGAGAUGGCCAACUACCAGGUGUUGGUCCAGCAACAGAAGAGCAGAGCGUUCUACCGUAUCCAGGCAACCAGGAUGAUGAUCGGAGCAGGCAACAUCCUGAAGAAGCAUGCUGCUGACCAGGCUAGGAAGGUGGUGAGCAGCCAGGAGCCCCACCUGCAGGAAGACGACCCCCACACGACCCGGAUGGAGUUUCAACCCUCCCACUACCAGUGCUUCGAGAACUGUGGCUCACUCAAACUGACCGUGGCCCGACAUGGAGGAGACCCUGGAGCUUCUGUUAAGGUGGACUACCGUACAGAAGACGGCACAGCCAACGCCGGUUCAGACUAUGAAUUCGCUGAAGGGACCCUCCUCUUCAAGCCGGGCGAGACCCUGAAAGAGAUAACUGUGGGCAUCAUAGACGACGACAUCUUCGAAGAGGAUGAGUACUUCUAUGUCCACCUCAGUAACCCUCGUGUGGUUGGCUACGACCCGUUGGAGACGAACUCUAACUCCUCCCCCAAGGCGGUGCUCGGUGACGGCCACACGGCGACGGUGACCAUCUACGACGACGAUCACGCGGGGAUAUUUUCGUUUGAGAUCGACGCCCUGCGGGUGAGCGAGAGUGUUGGGGUCAUGGAGGUCAAGGUUCAGAGGACGUCGGGGGCUCGGGGGCUGGUGGUGGUGCCUUACAGGACCGUAGACGGGACAGCCCGGGGUGGAGAGGAUUUCGAAGAGGUGUCUGGGAAUCUGGAGUUCCAGAACGACGAGACGAUGCGACUCCAAUGAGAACAAGCCGACGGAUGACGAGGUGGCCAAGAUGGGCUGUCCCAGUCUGGGAGAAAACACACGGAUAGAGGUGGUCAUCGAAGAGUCUUAUGAGUUCAAGAACACAGUAGAUAAGCUGAUCAAGAAGACUAAUCUUGCGUUGGUGGUGGGAAGCUGCAGCUGGAGAGAGCAGUUUACUCCAUCUCUCUGUCUCUCUCUAGGUGAUGAUGAUGAUGAGGAGAGUGGUGAAGAGCGUCUCCCGUCCUGUUUUGACUACAUCAUGCACUUCCUCACCGUCUUCUGGAAAGUUCUGUUUGCCUUUGUCCCUCCGACAGAGUACUGGAAUGGCUGGGCCUGCUUCAUCGUCUCCAUCAGUCUCAUCGGAGUUCUGACGGCUGUAACAGGAGACCUGGCCUCUGCCUUCGGCUGCACUGUGGGUCUGAAGGACUCUGUCACUGCCGUGGUGUUUGUAGCACUAGGGACCUCUGUACCAGACACCUUUGCCAGUAAGGUGGCCGCCAUCCAGGACCAGUACGCCGACGCCUCCAUCGGCAACGUAACCGGUAGCAACGCCGUGAACGUCUUCCUUGGGAUCGGAGUGGCGUGGACCAUCGCCGCCGUGUUCUGGCGCUCCAAAGGCCAGGUGUUUCGUGUCGACCCGGGCUCGCUGGCGUUCUCCGUCACGCUCUUCACGGUGAUGGCGUGCAUAUGCGUGAUGAUCCUCCUCUACCGACGGCGAGCGUCAGUGGCAGGCGGGGAGCUCGGAGGGCCGAGGACUACCAAGAUCAUCACAUCACUGGUCUUCUUCUUCAUGUGGCUGAUCUAUAUAUUGCUGUCAUCACUGGAGGCAUACUGUCACAUACCUGGGUUCUAGAGAGAGAGAGAGAGAGAGAUGGAGGGGCGAGGGAAGAGCGGAAGAGAGAAGGAUGGAGGGGCGGGUUGGGGGAGACAGAGAGGAGGAAUAGACACAGGGAGGGAACAAAAGGAAACCCACUCGGCAAAAAACUGGUUGAAUCAACAUUGUUUCCACGUUGUUUCAACAACAACAAAAAUGAAGCGUAAUGACGUUUAUUCAACGUGGGAAACGGAUUGGAUUUGCAACUUAAAUCCAAUGUCACGGGGACAUUUUUUUGUCAGCCAAAUGUAAAUGAAAAGUAGAUGUUGAAUUGACGUCUGCGCCAGUGGGAAGGGAGGCAGGCAGAGAGGACAUGUUGGAAAGAGCAUUCUCCCUUUCCCCCAUCUAACACUAGAGUCAGUAUUCUCCCAUCUAACACUAGAGUCAGUAUUCUCCCAUCUAACACUAGAGUCAGUAUUCUCCCAUCUAACACUAGAGUCAGUAUUCUCCCAUCUAACACUAGAGUCAGUAUUCUCCCAUCUAACACUAGAGUCAGUAUUCUCCCAUUUAACACUAGAGUCAGUAUUCUCCCAUCUAACACUAGAGUCAGUAUUCUCCCAUCUAACACUAGAGUCAGUGUUCUCCCAUCUAACACUAGAGUCAGUAUUCUCCCAUCUAACACUAGUCAGUAUUCUCCCAUCUAACACUAGAGUCAGUAUUCUCCAUAUCAGUGAAAGCCUCUAAUCCAACAGGUAGAGGUCAUAUCAGUGAAAGCCUCUAAUCCAACAGGUAGAGGUCAUAUCAGUGAAAGCCUCUAAUCCAACAGGUAGAGGUCAUAUCAGUGAAAGCCUCUAAUCCAACAGGUAGAGGUCAUAUCAGUGAAAGCCUCUAACAUCCAACAGGUAGAGGUCAUCUCAGACACUUCAAACCUUUCUGUCCCCUGCUUUACGACCCUCCUCUCCUCCUCUCUCUCUCUUUCCUUCCCUCGCUCACUCCGCCCAGCCUUAUUCUCCAAUAGACUGUAAACGUCUUAAUAUUGUCUUAAAGUGAUAGGCUAGUAGAGGACGUUAGACCACACCCCUUAUCCCGCCACCCUCGCUCCUGUUGAGCCAAUCCCAAGUCACCUUGCUCCCUAAGGAAGACCCUUGCCCCUCCCACUUUUUCGACGGCGUUGGUGUGUAGAUGUUGUCAUUGCGAAAUUGUAAAGAAAAUAAUAAAUAAUGAAAACGAUGAUUAUUAUGAAGAAGUAUGUUAAAAACAUUGCAAUGAGAGAGAAGAUGAUAUGAAAAGACUAUCAUUAUUAUGUGAGAACUGUACGGAAUGAUAAUAAUUGAACUUUGCAAUAAAGAAAAUGUUGAAUAUGAAAUAUAUUAAACUACUUAUAUAAAACUAAGAUUAAACUAACCUGUUAGUAGAAAAUGUGACCAACUAGCCCACCGACUAUAGUGACAUUUUGUCUUUUCAAAUAUUGGAGUACAUUUUGGACCCAGACUAUCAAUAUAUUUGUCUACUAGUCCGGCUGACCCAGUGCCCCAAAAUCAUUCAAUUCCAUCCCUGGUUACAACCAUUAUAACCAAGCAGGAAAUGACGUAAUGCCCAAACAGGAUAUCAGGUAACCGGAAACAGAAAGGAGGGUGGACCAAACUGACAAACUUAAUUUAGACCAAUGAAAUUUGAGGAUAAUCAUGACGAUGAUGAUGAUUGGUCGAUUGUUUCUAACUGUGUGUUGUAUAAGAGACAUUUCCGAUGUUUGUCUUAAAAAAAACAAAGAAACUAUGGGUUUUAUGCUGAAUAAAUAAAUAAGAUUUGAAUAUA